AUGCGAAUUUUGAAAUGGCAACAAGGCUUAAAGUUCGAAGAAGACCCUCCAAUUGUUCCAAUAUGGGUAUUGUUCCAUGAGCUACCCUUGGAAUGGACACAUCCGAAGGUUCUUUUCUCUAUUGCAUCCGCAGUCGGAAAGCCCCUUCAAUUAGACACGCCAACUCUAAAUUUAACAAGGCCGUCUGUAGCACGCUUAUGUGUUGAGGUUGACCUUACCAAGGAGUCGACGAAGUCAAUUCACAUUGGGAAAAAAGGGAAGAACUAUGAGCAGCACUAUACCUACGAAUAUGUUCCAUCAUACCACCCGGCUUGUUGUAAGAUAGCCCAUAAAGAAUCGGAUUGUAGGAAGGGUAAAGGAGUUUCUUUGAAUGUGUUAAAGGCUGAUGCUUUAAAGAAGGCUGAACACGCAGAUAAAGAGGUGAACUUGGCCGGGAAUAAGAAGGGAAUUCGAUUGCAGCAGCAAAAAGUGACUUGGGGCUCUAAAAAGAUGGGAAAGAAGACUAAAUUGCAGGUUGAUAUCAUUAAGGAAAACCCCCUGAUUGUUAAUGGUGUGGAGCUGCAAGUUGUAGAGUCGUGGGCUGCGAAAACCCUAGUAUCGCGACCUAUGAAAACCCUAGAAGCGCGCGUCUGGGGAUCAACUUCAUAUUUGUCUGUGAAGGAGAAGUGUGUUUUUCCUGUGACAUUGUGGAUAGUCCCCCUACUAAUUCUGGGCGUCAUGUGGAAGAUAAUGUCCACGUUGAUCCUGAGGCUCGAGUUGUUGAUAAUCCGUGAAUGGAGACUAACGCGCAAGGGGAAUUUGGCCCUCCCUCCAGUAUCGCAAGUUGUGAUUCUUCAAGAAUUUGAUGAUGAUUGUGAUGCAGUUAAAUCUUCAGAUAAUGUUGAUGAUGAUGAUGUGGAGAAUGUGUUUACGGAAGAACACAAUGAAAGCCAGUUGGUUCUUGUUGACAAGUGUAUCAAGGUGAAUAAUCUGAUGGAAGUCUCCCCGGUUGGAGAUGGAUUCACUUGGGGUGGAACACGAGCUACUGGUUGGGUUAUCAAGAAGUUGGAUCACAUUCUAUUUUCUCCGGAAUGGAUGGACAUGUUCCCACGGGUUUCCAUUGAGCAUUUGAGUCGAACUACAUUGGAUCACUCCCCAUUGCUACUUCAGAUUGAUGCUCAACUUGAGACUAGGCUGAGAUGUUUCAGGCAUUAUGGCCUUCUCUAUAAGCUUCGCCAUUUGAAGCUUGUUCUAAAGGAAUCGAAUAAAACACAAUUUGGCGAUGUCUUCCAAAAUUUGAAAAUGACGGAGGAUAGAGUGAAGGAAUUAGAAAUUGUCUAUGAUCAUUCUGGUCAUGCGAACGAUAGGCUAAACCUAAACUUGGCUACUUCUACUUUGCUUCAAAAACUUAAGGAACAUGAUGACUUUUGGAAAAAGAAAAUGCAGUUAACAUGGUUCAAGGAGAGAGAUAAUAACACUGCCUAUUUUCGUGCUUCUCUUGCUGAAAGAAAGUUGAGGAUGGGGAUCCAAAAGAUUCAGACAGAGGAUGGAUGUGUCUAA